UAUAACAAUAACCGCGUUCCAUUGUCGAGAAUCACAAACAUAGCAUUCAGUAAAACAAUCAAGCUACCAAACAAAACCAUCUAAUUCCCUUCUUUUUUUUCCCUUCACCAUCAACUAUGGCACCUCCUGAGCUUGUUCCAACCGCCGCUGCUGCUUCCGCCUUCACCGCGAGAACUGCUUCCACACUCCCCAGGCGAGCCUACGUCACUUUCCUCGCCGGAAACGGUGACUACGUCAAAGGUGUUGUUGGACUGGUCAAAGGCCUCCGAAAGGUCAAGUCAGCUUACCCUCUGGUGGUGGCGAUCCUCCCCGACGUGCCGGAGGAGCACCGUCAGAUACUUGAGUCACAAGGUUGCAUAGUCCGCGAGAUCGAACCGGUUUACCCUCCUGAGAACCAGACUCAGUUCGCCAUGGCCUAUUAUGUCAUCAACUACUCCAAGCUCCGUAUCUGGGAGUUUGUGGAGUACAGUAAGAUGAUAUACUUGGAUGGAGACAUUGAGGUGUAUGAGAACAUAGAUCACUUGUUUGAUCUUCCAGAUGGAAAGUUCUAUGCUGUAAUGGAUUGCUUCUGCGAGAAGACAUGGAGUCACAGCCCUCAAUACAAGAUCGGUUACUGCCAGCAGUGCCCUGACAAGGUGCAAUGGCCUGAAGAGUUGGGUCAACCACCGUCCCUGUACUUCAACGCUGGCAUGUUCGUGUUUGAGCCAUCCAUGGAAACUUACCACGACCUUCUCAGAAAACUCCAGAUCACACCUCCUACUCCCUUUGCGGAGCAGGAUUUCCUCAACAUGUAUUUCAAGGACAUUUACGAGCCCAUUCCCUCGGUUUAUAACCUUGUUCUUGCCAUGCUCUGGCGCCACCCUGAAAAUGUUGACCUUGAUAAAGUCAAAGUUGUUCACUACUGUGCAGCGGGAUCCAAACCAUGGAGAUAUACCGGAAAGGAAGAAAAUAUGCAGAGGGAGGACAUAAAGAUGUUGGUGAAGAAAUGGUGGGAUAUCUAUCAUGAUACAUCCCUUGAUUACAGGAAACCGCCGCUAUCCAGUGACGAAGCUGAUCCAUUUGGGCAUGUAACUUCUGAGUCUCCCAAAGUCCCCUAUCUCAUGACGCCCACAGCUGCAUAGAUUCAACCUCAACAAAAUACUCAAAAUUUCAGAAAAAAGGAAAAAUAAAAAAGAGUGGAUUAGAGUUAUAGACAGAAGAGUAGGUGCAACAAUUAAUUUUAUUGCUAUACUUUGCGGUCAAAAGAAGGGAGGUUCCUUUUCUCAACAUGGACAAGUUGAACCGUCGCUAUGCUGAGUGCAGUCAUGGUUACUUGAUUAAGAGGGAGCCCUCAACCAGUUUAUAUUUUUGCGGUUAUUUCCCCUUUUUUUUGUGUGGGUUUGUUGGGUUGGUUAUCUAGGAUCAAGGGUCUGUUUAUAUUGGCGUGGCUUUAAUUUGGUCGUUAUUUUCAUCCAAUAUUAUUAACUAUAAAUACUAUAAAUUGUAAAAUAUGUUGUGGGUUUGUGGUUUUUCCUUUUUUUUUUCUUUUUCAUUGGAUUUUGCUAUUGUAAUAUUUGGAGGCAAUUUUCUAAUGAAAAGAAAAACUUUCAAUGGAACUACCUCAUGCAUAGCUCUCAUGUCUUUUUCUAUUGUGAAGUAGUAUGUUGUUUUCUACUUUAAGUUGGUCAAAAUUCUAAGGUGUGGAUUAUUAUAAGUUGUCAAACAAAUUUGUUGCGCAAUCCAUGUCCCUCCCUAGAAGGUGGAACUAGAAAUUGACAAAUGAAAUGAAAUUACCCUUCCUCUGAUCUGUCCUCAAUG